ACAAUUACCCCAAGAAAUAUUUGAAAUGAUAAUGAAAUACCCAAACACUAAAGCAACUAUAUUAGAAACACCCAGAAAAAUGACUAAACAAAAGAAUAAACAGACAACUGAAGUAUAUAUACUCAGAAAAUAUGCUGAUAUAGAAAUAAUAGAUCUUAUGGAACAGAUGAACAGAUUAACUAUCCAAGAUAGAGAAUACUAUCAAGAUCCAAAAGAAGAAAAAUCACAGAAAAGAAUUAGAGAACAAAAUAUGAACGAAUACUACAAAUAA